UGUGACGUGGGCUCUCCUCUUUGUGGAUUCAUUUGUCAUCGAGACAGGGGAAGUCCAGAUACAAUCGUUAUUUGUAACCCAGCCACGGGACAGUCUGUAACCUUACCCAAAGUGAAACUGAAGGGUAUCAAUACUGAUACGAGACCUUUUUUAGGGUAUGAUCCGAUCGGCAAACAGUUAAAAGUGUUGUGCAUCAAGUUCGAUAUGAUCCAGAAUCCGUGUUAUGAGCAUCAAGUUUUGACUUUGGAGGAUAAUGGAAAACGUUUGUGGAGAUCAGUCCAAUGCAAACCCCAUCAUCCUAAAUCUGAUGGAAUAUGUAUAGAUGGUACUUUGUAUUAUGCAGCUGGGUUCAGCCCGCGGACAAGGGUUCCCAUAAUAGUGUGCUUUGAUGUUAGGUCCGAGAAGUUUAGCUUUAUCCACAUAGAUGAAUCCAUGUUGAUAACUCGUUGUACUUUGAUCAACUACACCGGGCCUGACUACAAUGGUAAAUUAGGUGCACUUCAGUUUACUUCUUACUUACGAGAACGUCUUGGGUUUUGGGUUCUACAAUAUGCUGAAAAACAUAUAUGGUCGAGAGAUAUCUACAUGUUGCCUCCUUUGCCGAAAAACAAAUUUGAGAGAACCGAGUUAGCCAUUGUUAGAAUAACUGUUGGAGGUGAAGUUGUGUUGGCACCGUACUGUCUGGUAGAUGAAUUUUUCCUUUAUUACUUCAACCUUGAAUGCAAGAGUCUCAAACAAGUUCAUAUACAAGGUUUUGAGACGUUUAAGCAUACGAGAGUUUACACCUCUCUAGACUAUGCUGAGAAUUUGAAACUUAUGUAA